CAUCGAUAGACCGACCAACAACACUGAUCGAUCAAUCAGCAGGGACUCAUCGGUUGAUCAAUCAGAAGAAAUUCCACGAUCUAUCAAUUAGUAGAGAUGAAUAGCAAAGUGGCUGGAUUUAUCGCUGAAAAAGCUGGAGAUUUCGUGGAGAAUGCGGUGAGGAGCGCUUUUGGUGGAGAAGACAAAGAUGAAGACAAGGAUGAGAAGAAAGGGGGAUUCCUGUCCUUUUUUGGAGGAGAUAAGGACAAGGAUGAUGACAAAGACAAGGAAGGACGUUUCUCUUUUGGAGGAGGUAAGAAAAAAGAGAAGGAUGAUGAUAAGGAGGGAUUCUUUUCCAAAAUCUUCAACAAAGAUGACGACGAUGACAGGAGGGAUAAGAGAGCGGGAUUCCAUGGUCUCUUCACUGAACAGGGAGAUGCUGCUGGUGGGGGCGGCUGGGAACAACCUCCACCAGGAAGUGAUGGAGGAAACUUUGGAGGAUGUAAAGGACGAGAUGCAGGCGUCAGUGAUGGAGAUUUGUUCAGCGAUCUGAUGGAUGUGGCUGAAGAGACGUCCAAAGACAAAUGAAGAAGAGAGCGCUCUGGACCACAGCCUGGUGUACGUAGAAGAACGUCUACCUUCGGUUCUAUCGUCACCUUCGGUUCUAUCGUCAGCUCGACUGAGAUGGAACCCUCACUGUCAGAUCUUUUCAAAGACUCAAACAUUUAAAGGUUUUAUUAUCUUUAAUGAAGCAGCUUUACAUUUCUUUAACCGCCACCUUUAAUAAUCCACAUUGUUCUUCAGGUUCUUUAAUGCUCUCCAAUGUUUUUCAACAUCUACCUUCUGUCCUAGUGUCGGGGUGGUUACUCAAAACAGUAAUCCUCUACUCAUUACUAGUUACUUUUUUAGAAAGUAACUAGUUACAUUACUUCAACAUUGCUUCUGUCACCUGAAAUUUUCUGUAACUGCCAAUGAGAAAUCCAAUGUUAAAUCUUGAAUAUUCCCACAUCAGUGUAA